AGGUCAACCACCUGCCAUCCGGAGGUUCUAUCUGAUUCUGUCCAACCGCUUCCCCUAUACUCUGAAUACCCAUUUACGCACACAAUUUUGCGAGUGGCCUGCACUACUCUUUGAGCUUCAAUACCUCAGUCUUCCUUGAUGGCAGCUACAGCCAUACGCCAGCCAUCGCCCUUGGCCCAAGUCUCCGCUGCUCCCCCGCAGCCUGCCGACUCAGCAGCUGAGGCUCCUACCAGCAACCUCCAUCAUCAUGAGCAGUGGCACAUCCCAAGGCUACUCUUCGCGGUCAAAGAUGUCUCACACGAAGGGGCGACCAAGUAUUUCAAUACGACAAACACUCAAAGGCUCUUACACGACGCCGUGAUUGGUGUUCUGGAGACGCUGUACACUCACGAGACAGCACCCACAACGUACUUCCCCAGUUCUAAAUAUUUCCAACCUCUUAAUGCUCUCUUACCUUGUGUGAACUGACAUAGCCAAUAAAGGCAGCGCUCGAUAACGCUAAUUCUCCGGUCGAUGGAUGGGAUAGCGAAUACCACCGGUAGUGAGCUCGACAACGAUCACAAGGAAAUACAUUUCUCACUCGACUACAUUGGUCAACUUCCCGACGACCGUGCGCGAAAUGAGAUUCUAGGAGUAAUAAGGCAUGAGAUGGUACAUUGCUGGCAGUAUGAUGCCUGUGGAACUGCACCGGAUGGGUUAAUUGAGGGGAUAUCCGACUUUGUUAGGAUGAAAGCGGGGCUUGGCCCACCACACUGGGCAAGGAAAGGAGACAGGUGGGAUGCCGGGUAAGUGCCAUCUCUUGGAGUAAAUAGAGCAGGUGGGUAUUAAUGAACGGGAAGGUACGAAGCAACGGCUUACUUUCUCGACUACUUGUGCUCGAGAUUUGGGAAUGACACGGUUAAGCGAAUCAACCUCGCAAUGAAACAUACUAAAUAUACUCCAGAGCUGUGGCUGGAUAUUUCGGGUGGAAUCCCUGUUGAGAAGCUAUGGGAUGACUACAAAACUGCCUUCAACCUUCACCCAACACCGAGGCUAGGGCCCGGCGAUAGCGAGAAAGAGAAGGAAGGCUAUGCGGUGAUAGUUAAGGAGGAAGCCGCCACUCCACUGCCCAGCAAAACAGAGGCAAGGCUCCCUCAAAGCGUCGAGAAACCAUUGCCUAUUACUCCAACGCCCAUGGCAACUCAUGGGCCCGGCAUGCGCCGCUCGAGAUCUCCUGGCUCCGGCGACGUCUGGCCUUUUGCGGCGGACACGCCCGCGGCUCACGUCAUGCUCGACAGACUUAAAAAUAUGAGAUUCGAAGGGAAGUCGGAUGCUACCAGGUAUCUUCUGGAAUUCGAGGCUUUGGUAGAUAGACUUCAGCCGGAGAUGAGUGACGUGGAUCGGAAGCUUCUUUUGGUAACCCUGCUCUUCUAAUCUUCAUUACAGCAUUUAUGGGGGUUGUGCUGAUACCGGGCUCUAGUGCACAAGUUUCUGCGGGCCCAGGAUGGUAGAUUGGUAUGAAACUUGUUGCAGGGCGGUCACAUACCUCCAAUUGAAGGAGGCAAUGCAAGAGACUUUCAGGAACUAUUAAUUACGAUAGAGGCUUGUUGAGGGGGUGAUAUAUCCGGCUUUCGAUUGUCACGCUGCUCAACCGGCACAUAUAUGCUUUCCGAGGCGGUGUCCGAGUGGUGGUGUAAUGUUAUACGAAGAUGAUACCUUGCUCGUAUUUGUCACCAUUUCUCGAUCGCUAGUGUUAGCUCUUUUUUUUUUUUCGACACUUUUCCUACAUUCGCUGCAAGGGUGUCAUCUCUCAUACAGCCUAUGAUGCUUUCCCAACC